AUGUCUAGUACCAAAGAAAAUGAAGCCAAAGCUGGUCUGUCAACAACUUCUGGAAAGUCAAGGAUGCUUAAAAAACACACUGCUCGCAAGACAAUGUCUUCGCGCUGUAAGGUACAAAGUAAAAUGAUGGUGAGUGCUGCUUGCAAGACUGGGAUUGUGGUAAGCACAGAUCCUGAAAGAGUCAGGGAUGAGUCGGCAAACAAGAUGGCAGUAGUGCAUACUAACAGCAAUACAAAAACAAGUCAGAAUGAAAAAACACAGUCAGGUGAGAUUACAGCUGGAUCAGUUAUGUCAGCAACUAAGAGAAAAUUGGUAUGUGGCAAACCGUUAGUGAAAGCUGAAUCCAAUGACAGUUUUGCCACUAAAAACAUCAAAGGGUCAGUGUAUAAAGUCAAGAAUGCAAAAGUCCUCUCUUUAAAACCUGUGGACAAAAUGGCAACGGUUAAGACUGACAAAAACACUUCCAUCAGUUGUGAGAUGAAAGGUGAUGUUAUUCCACCUGUUGAUAAGACAACUUUUGUUAAAACUGACACGAAAGUAGUUUGCAGCAAUGAUGAUGAUGAUGAGAAAUAUUCUGUAUCAGACGUGGAAGGAGUAGAGGUUAUCUUCUCUGAUGUUGAAGAACUUGAUAAUCCUGUGCAGAUUACUCCAGACAAUAUUGAACUUGAAGUUUUUCUCAUUGAUAAUGAUGUUUCCAACGAUAGUGAUGCUUUGGAGACAGAUGAAACUAGUGUCAAUAAAACCUGUGAGACCAUGUUUAGACCUAGCAUGGAAAUAUUUUGCCCUACAAAAAAUCAAAGAGAUGGCAGUCAUUUUGAAAAUACUGAAGAAAGGCCACAACCAGACCUCAGUUCUCCAUCAAUUAACACAAACUCUUCUGUUUUGUCAACUCCAGUAUUGCAGAACAGGGCUUCAGGCUUAAGACCAAGUGUUAGUGAUAUCAUUAGUGAUAUCAUGACUUCUUUACCAUUGGACAAAGUUUGUGCUAUUCAGAGGACACCCAGCACUAAAAGACCUGCAUCAUUAUCCAGUAAAGGCCAAGACAAAAAUGAAAUGGUUGCUCAACCAGGAAGUGAUGUACAGUUGGGUUUAGGAAAAGAUAUAAGGACUGCUGCGCCCCUUGAUAAGUGCAUUGUCAAACUGAAUAAGGUCUGCAGUGACAGCGCUGCUUCUCCAGCAAAGGUGAAAAUUGAAAGAAAUAAAAGCACCAGUGUUGCUACUCCUGCUAAAAUAAAGGUAAGCAGAAACCAUUGCAAUAGUGAUGCCUUGCCAACAAGUACUAGUAAUAGAGUUGUAAGAAGCCAUAGUGACAGUGCUGCCUCUCCAGCAGCUAGAAAAAUGGUAAAAAACUAUGGCGAUAGUGCUUGUUCUCCAGCAAAUAAGAAAGUUGGAAGAAACCGUAGCAAUAGUUCAGCUCUGUCAGUAAACACGAAAGUGGGAAGAAACCAUAGCAACAGUGCUGCUUCACCAGCAAGCGGGAAAAUGAAAAGAAACUAUGGCAAUAGCAUGGCCUCACCAGCAAGUAAGAAAGUGGGACAAAACCAUAGCUAUAGUUCCGCCUCACCAGUGAGCGAGAAGGUUGAAAGAAACUUCAAUUCUGCUUCAUCAGCAAGUAAGGAAGUGGGAAUAAAUCUUUGCAACAGUACCACUUCACCAGCAAGCAAGAAGAUGGACAGAAAUCAUAAUAAAAUUGGUACCUCACCAGUUAUUAAGAAAAAGGAUGGAAACUAUAACAUUCAUUUUGAUUCACCAGUAAAUAUGAAAAUGAAUAAAAAUAUAAACAAUAAACAUGCUUCACCAGCAAGUUUAAAAUUGAAAAGACAGCAUGAUAACAGGCUUGCUUCAGCAGCAAAAAAAUGUCAAGCUUCACCAGCAAAAAGUUUUAAAAUGAUUGGAAAGCAAAAGGAAAUGGCUGUUUCACCAGCAAAUAAGGACAGCAGCAGAGUUAAUAAGAAGACAGUUUCAUCAGGAAUGGUUGCUAAAAGAUCAAACAAAACUGAGGUCACAAAACAGGCAAGGAAGCCCUAUGAAAAUUCCAAGAAAACGCCUUUACUGGUAGAUAUUGAUGCUAAAGGUUCAGAGGAAAAUCAUGCCAUAACCUCAAACUCUGGACCUGAAAUUAUUAAAAGAAGACAUAAAACUUCUGCCAAAGAUGAGUCCAUUAAUUCAAAAAGGAGGAAAGCAUAUUCUUCAGACUUUGAAAAGAAAGGUCCCAAAAGAAAGCUUGCCACAUGUUCAGACUCUGAUUCAACAAUCUCAAAAAGAAAACCAGCAGUUUCAACAGACUCUAGCAUCAUAAACUCAGAAUGUAUAGAUUUAAUGAAAUUUCCUGAAAAUGAAAAAUCUGAAGAGAAGCUGACAGAAUCAAGUGAGGAUGCUACUGUGGUAACACCCCUGGAGGAAAAGUCAUCUUCCAAACUGUGUCUGCUGGAUAGGUCCAAUAAAGAGCCUGUUAAGACUCCAGUUAUCAACUUCACUGAUCUGACAUCAGAACGUAAAACUGAAAGUGCCUGUCCAUUUGAAAAUAGCUGGUCAGAUACUCAAUCAAAGGAUGAGGGUGAGUACAACACUUGAUGUUGGAAAUUGAAG